AUGCUUUUUAAAAAAAUUCAUUCUCUUAAAAUUAUAAAAAUAAAUUGCUUAAACAUAAUUCGAAGAAUUAGUAAAAAUUUAAAUAAGAUAAAAAGAAGACAUUGUAUUUUAAUAAAUAUAAAGAAUUGCUUGCUUAUGGGGAACUGCCAUUAAAAUUCAAUCAUUCCUAGUAUUUGUUAACAUGAUCAAAUUAAACAUGAAUAUUACAGUUAAUUUACAUCAUAUAGAAAAUAGAUUUCCUUAGUUAUUAAUAAAUCUAAAGGAAGCACUCAAAGCUUAAUAGAGGAAUUAUCAUAAAAAAUGAUAUAGUAUUAAUAAAUAACUCAUUAUUAUAUCUCUUUUGAAAGUGAAGAUUUUAUAUAUCAUCUUGAAAAUUUAAAUAACGCGUUUAAUUAGUCUAAUUAAAUUAUUGAACUCAGUCUCAAUUUCCAGAGGCUUUCAAUAAAAAAUAAUGGAUUAUAGAAAAUAGGGUAAUGCUUGUCACAUUGCUAGAAAGUUAAAAGAUUAGAAUUAUGUUUAGGGUCAAAUUAAUUCACUUAUUAAGGAAUCUAGUUAUUAUGUAACAAUAUUACAAAAUUGAAGCUGCUAGAAAGAAUCUUUCUUGAAUUAUAUAUAAAUUAAUUAGAGUCUGACUCAGUUGUUGACAUAGGGGAUGCUGUUGCUGAACUUCCUUGCUUAUUUUCUUUAAAAUUAGAUUUUUCUUUUAAUAAUGUAUAAUUUGAUGGGAUUUAAAAAUUUGUAAACUCAAUUAAUAAAUCAGACAAGCUUUAAUAUUUGGACUUAACUUUAGAUGUAAAUAACAUAUUAGACAUUGGAUCUUUAGCCUUUAAAUAGAUAGAAUAAAAAACACAAUUAACUUAACUCUCACUUUCUCUUUGUUCAAAUAAUAUUACAAAUGUUGAUCAGCUGAUAGAUUCUAUUUCUUAACUCUUUAACUUAUAUAAUUUAGUUAUAGAUUUAUCAUAUAAUCCUGUUAGCUCAAGUGUGGAUUAACUAGAAAUUGUAAAAAAACUUAAUAAUUUAAAAAAGCUAUUAAUUUUUAAAUUUAAGAUGAGAAUCACAGCAAAUCAUAGAUUUGCUAAAAAAUAUAUACAAUCAAAUUUUAAAAAACUAGUAAUCAUGUAGUUUAAUAGCUGA